UUAAACCAAUUGUUGAACUCGAUAUCUAUCCUUUUUUCUGAUACACGAUUAUGGCUCAACCGUCUACCUCGCAUCAUGCCCCAAUGGAAUUCAUUUUUCUUGGUACAGGAACUUCGUCCAGCAUUCCACAUGUAGACUGUUUGACCCGACCUCCGUACGAUCCCAACGAUUCGACCAGCAAGCCGCCCUGUCGGACGUGUCUUUCGACUCUGACUCCCGAAGGAAAAAAGAAUAUACGAAGGAAUACUUCAGCGCUGGUGAGGACGAAAGCUCAAGAUGGACGCGAUGUGACGAUUGUUAUUGACGCGGGAAAAACGUUCCAGGCCGCUGCUGUAGAGUGGUUUCCUAAGCAUGGAUUAAGAAAUAUAGACGCUUUGCUGAUUACCCAUGCGCACGCCGAUGCAAUGAAUGGACUUGACGACCUUAGAGGAUGGACGCUUGGAAAUAGUAUACAACCUCACAUUGACGUCUAUGUUUCCCAAGCUACUUUCACAGAAGUACAAAGAUCCUUUCCUUAUCUGGUGUCGAAAGAGUAUGCGUCGGGAGGCGGAGAUGUUCCCGACUUUGUAUGGCACAUCAUUGGUGACAAAGUUCCAUUCGAAAUUAACGACACCGGAAUAUGGGUGACACCGUUUUCAGUUCAUCAUGGUCGCAUAUUUUCUACGAUACCACCUCCUGCCUACCUGCCUACGCCAAGUGGAAUGACUGGCGGCACAGUAACUCCCGCACUUCAUUCAGAACCUUUAGAACAGGCAUUGCGGCUGUUGUCUCUAAACGGUACAGAUCCUCAAAAGAACACUAAAGAGCCUGUUAUUCAGCCAUAUUUAUGCUUUGGGUUCAAGAUACAAGAUGAAAUCGUUUAUCUAUCAGACGUUUCGCAUAUCCCUGAAGAGGCCUGGUCAAUCAUCCAUGGUGCAAAACAACGUCGGGAGGGCCGUCCUCUUCCGUUGUGUAUCCUGGACUGCCUGGGCCUCCGUUCUCAUACUUCUCAUUUCGGAUUAGAGCAAUCUGUUGCUGUUGCAAGGGAAAUAUCUGCGACACGGACGUACCUCCUAGGUUUCUCUCAUAUUGUAAGUCACCAGGAAUAUGUGACGAUCACGGAGGCCGUCGGCGGGGCAAAGGUCACUGACGAGAAUACACUCACCGAGAAUGAGCAGAAAGGUUUACAUCUAAUUGGGUCUGGUGAACCGUUCUGGAUUCGGCCUGCUCAUGACGGGUUACGAGUGGUCAUAGAUAACGAUGUCGUUCAAGAUGAUACGUAUUCUUUCCAGGAACCUAUAGCCUUGUAAUUUUAUCUAGCAAUAAUCAUUUUUUGCGUGUAAGCCAGCUACACACCAGCAUUGACCAUGUUCGGCAUGUAUGAGGUUGGGUGACCAUUGCAUAAUGCCCAGGCUUUUGACGUAAUCAUAAUUUGUACAUAGCCGCGCCGCGCACUCAGUCAAAGUCUC